AAUGGGGACUUGAAUUUGGCUUGCUCCGUAACCAAUUUAUUUAAUCGUUCGAGUAUUCCCGCGCCCAUUACAGAGUCGCAAAACUCCAUAUAAACAACUUACAAAACUUUUUGAGUGAAAAUAAUUGAAAAUUAAACCCCCACAAAACCCUUGUUUUCAUUUCUCACACUUUCGCCGGGGAAAAAAUUCCGGCGAAAACUCCAUUAAUUUUGCAGCAAAUUAAUCAAUAAAACCCAAAUCAGAGAAAACCAUUUGAAAUUCGCUGCAAAUUGUAUAGAAAGCAGCAAAAAUGAGUACAGUAGACAAGAUGCUGAUUAAAGGUAUCCGGAGUUUCGACCCGGAAAACAAGCAUGUCAUCACCUUUUUCAAACCCUUAACCUUAAUUGUGGGCUCCAAUGGCGCCGGAAAAACUACUGUAAUCGAGUGCUUGAAGGUUGCAUGCACUGGGGAGUUGCCUCCGAAUGCUAGGUCGGGUCAAAGCUUCAUUCAUGAUCCUAAGGUAGCGGGAGAGACAGAGACAAAAGCGCAAAUUAAGCUCCGGUUUAAGACAGCCGCAGGGAAAGAUGUUGUGUGUAUAAGGUCGUUUCAGUUAACCCAAAAGGCGUCUAAGAUGGAGUAUAAAGCUAUUGAAAGUGUGCUCCAGACUAUUAACCCAAAUACAGGGGAGAAAGUUUGUCUCAGCUACAGAUGUGCUGAUAUGGAUCGAGAAAUCCCUGCACUGAUGGGUGUUUCUAAAGCGAUUCUAGAAAAUGUGAUAUUUGUGCACCAAGAUGAGGCUAACUGGCCAUUGCAAGACUCCUCCACUCUGAAAAAAAAAUUUGAUGAUAUAUUCUCUGCGACCCGAUACACUAAGGCAUUGGAGGUCAUCAAGAAGCUCCAUAAAGAGCAGGCCCAAGAGAUCAAGACAUACAAGCUGAAAUUAGAGCAUCUGCAAACAUUAAAAGAUUCUGCUUAUAAGUUACGAGAAAGUAUUGCUCAAGAUCAGGAAAGAACGGAAUUUUUGAAAGUUCAAAUGCAGAAUUUGGAUAAGGAAAUUGAAGAGGUUGAUGCGAAGAUACAAUGCACUGAAAUUAAGCUAAAAGAUCUGCGUAAGCUACAGGAUCAGAUAACCGAAAAGAGUGCCACAAGAAGUGCUUCAUAUAAAGAGCAGGAACAAAGGUAUCUAGCGCUCAACGAAGAAAUUGAAGAGACUGAUGAAGAAUUGAAGGAGUGGAAGGAAAAGUUUGAUGAAAAAAUUUCUCAACAGGACAGGCUAAUUGCCAAAUUGGUCAGAGAAGGAGAUGACUUAGAGAAAACAAGUAAUAUCCUUAGCAAAAAAAUUACUGAGUAUCUUGUAGAGAUAAGCAAACUUCAAAGUGCAGCAGAUGCUCAUACUGAGCUAAAGAAUGACAGGGACUCCAUGAUCAAAGAGCUCUAUUCUAUGCACAAUUUGGGAUCCCUUACAAAUGGUCCUUUCAGUGAUGAAACAGCUUUGAGUUGUACAAGUUAUAUAAAUGAGAGGAUACUUGACUUGGAGAAGGAUUUAAAUGAGAAGAAGAAAUCAAAUGAAACUGAAAUUAAAGCAGCACUGGAUUCCUAUAACGAUGCUAAUAACAGUCUGAAGAAUCUUGAAGCUAAAAGGAGGGCCAAUGCGGACUAUAAGAAUAAGAUUUUGAAACGCAUUAAAGAAAAAGAGAGUGAACGUAAGACAUAUGAAGAUCAGCUAUCUGGAUUUGAUCUCCCUCGCUUAGAUGAAAGAGAGAGGCACACGAAUCUCGAGUUGGAGAGGAAGACAAAACAACUUGCUGAAAGAGAUUUUGAUUCUAUUAUAAUGCAAAAGCAAAGUGAAAUCUUCAACUUGAACAGUAAGAUUAAAUCUCUGAAUCGUGAGAGAGAUAUCUUGGCUGGUGAUUCUGAGAAUAGAGUAAAGUUGGCUAUGAAGAAAUCAGAGAUAGAAAAUCACAAGAAAAAGUUAAACAAAAUAAUGGAUGAGCACAAGGAUAAGAUUAGAGGAGUACUAAAAGGGAGACUCCCACCAGAGAAGGAUUUGAGAUGUGAAAUUCUCAAGGCUAAAAGUUCUACAAGCAGCGAGUUUGAUGACCUUAUCCCCAAGUCCCGCGAAGUUGAAAACGAAGUUUCCUUGUUGCAGUUGAAGAUCAAAGAAGUCCGCAAUAACUUAAAUAAAUUUCAAAGAGAUAUGAACUCUAGGAAGAAGUUCAUUGAGUCAAAACUUCAAUCACUGGAUCAGCAACUUUUUGGUGUUGAUUCCUAUCUGCUAGCGUUGAAUAAGGCCAAAGAGAAAAGAGAUGCUCUGAGAAGUAAAUGCGAUAUGGAAGAGGGUAUGCGCAAAAUGUUUGUUCCGUUUGAAUUUACUGCUCGAAACCAUCAUAUUUGUCCUUGUUGUGCACGUCCUUUUUCUGCUGAAGAGGAGGAUGAAUUUGUCAAGAAGCAAAAGGAAAGUAUGGCCACUACUGGAGAGCGUAUGAAGGAGGUGGAAGCAGAAGCUGCGAGUGCUGAUUCCAUUUUUCAGCAGUUGUACAGCCUCCGAGCAGCGUAUGAUGAGUAUUCUAAAUUUAAAGAAGAGGCAAUACCGCAAGCAGAGGCGGAGCUAGCUAAUUUAAAUGAAGAGUUGGAUCAGAAGGCGCAGGCACUCGAUGAUAUUUCAUGUAUAGUUGCCCAAGUAAAGGCUGACAAGGAUUCAGUUGAAGCCUUGGUAUCACCUGUGGAGACAGUGGACAGGCAUUUCCAAGAGAUCCAGACCUUAAAAAGUCAAGUCGUUACAUUGGAAGACAUGCUUGAUUAUCGAGGGCUGGACAUUCGAUCUAUGGAAGACAUCAAGUCAGAGCUCAAUGAUCUGCAGAACAAAAAGGAUAAAUUGCAAGAUGAUAUCGAGAAGUUAAGAGAAGAACAAAAGUAUUUGGCGGAUGAUUCAAACAGUACCACCCUUCGGUUGUACUCAGUUAGGGAGGAGAAAAUGAAAGCUGUUGCUGUACUGAAUAAUUUUAAUAAAGUGGAAGAUGAGCUUCAAAGUUUGAUGGAGGAGAAAAGUCAAGUGGAGCUUGAGGAGAAGCAACAUGAUGAGGUUAUUAAUCCUUUAGCCAAGGAGACAUUGAAAUUGUUAAGUGAUUACAAUGCUCUUAAAAAAAAAACUGAUUGUGAAUAUGAGAGGCAAGCUGAUCUAUGGAGAAGUCAACAGCAGCAGCUCAAAGACCUUCUCAAACUUAACUCCAAGAUAGAAGAGUAUGAUGAGACUAAGAAAGCAGAGCGCUUAAAGGAACUACAAGUAAGAAAGUCACAAUCAGAAUCCCAGCUUGAGAACUCUGGUCAAAAGAAGAAAAAAAUAUCUGAUGAACUGGAAAGUGCACGUGAAAUUAAGAAGAACCAAGAGUUACUGAGACAUAAUAUUGAUGACAACAUUAUAUAUCGAGAGGCAAAAGCCAGAGUAGAUGAGCUUACUCGUGACCUUGAGUUGCUGGAGCAGAGACUAGUAGAGAUUGGUAGUGCUGAGAUAAUUGAGUCUGAACUAUUUAAGUUAGGCAAAGAAAGAGAUAGGCUUCUGUCUGAGUUGAAUAGGUUUCAUGGAACAAUGUCCGUGUAUGAGAGCAACAUAUCAAAAAACAAGAUUGAUCUUAAACAACCACAAUACAAGGAUAUAGACAAACACCACUUUGACCAAUUAAUCCAGCUGAAGACUACAGAAAUGGCAAACAAAGACCUUGAUAGAUACUACAACGCUCUUGACAAGGCCCUGAUGCGUUUUCACACUAUGAAAAUGGAAGAAAUAAAUAGAAUUAUUCGCGAAAUCUGGCAGCAAACAUACAGAGGCCAGGACAUUGAUUACAUAUACAUACAUUCUGAUUCUGAGGGUGCUGGAACUAGAUCUUACAGUUAUAAGGUGCUCAUGCAGACAGGUGAUGCUGAGCUUGAAAUGCGAGGAAGGUGCAGUGCUGGCCAGAAGGUUCUUGCUUCACUUAUUAUAAGGUUGGCCUUGGCAGAAACCUUUUGCCUCCACUGUGGAAUCUUAGCACUCGAUGAGCCAACAACAAACUUGGACGGCCCAAAUUCUGAGAGUUUGGCUGCUGCUCUUCUUAGAAUCAUGGAGGACAGAAAAGGCCAGGAGAAUUUUCAGUUAAUUGUCAUCACUCAUGAUGAACGGUUUGCUCAACUAAUUGGUCAACGGCAGCAUGCAGAGAAAUAUUACCGGGUUUACAAAGAUGAACAUCAACAUAGCAUAAUUUCUGCUCAGGAAAUCUUUGAUUGAAGUUCCUCAAGGUGCUUCAUUGGUCUCCAUUCAGUUUACCCUUUCCACCAGCCUAUAUUGAAUGUUUCAUCACUUGGUUUGAGGUGACUGAUUCUGUACAUCCUGCCUCAUCAACCUUCUGAUCUCUCUUUUAAAGAAGUGAAUACUUCACUUGUCUGCACAUUUAAAUCACUUACGUGGAUCAUGUUUACGUUAUGUAUUGUCAUUCUCAUAGUAUAGCAGAAUAUGAAGUGUAUGAGCUGAAAUAUUGGUAGGUGUUUGUGGUUGACUAUCAGUAUACAACUAGGCUUCAUUUGAAUAGAGUUUGAAAUGAGAGGAAUGUGUGCUGUGUCCAUUAAAACAAGUUGCUACAUUAACACAGAAAGUCGCUUUGUAAUAUCUGCCUGAUUUUUACCGUACAGAGUAUAUUUUUUGGUUUGAGCUAUUCUCGAUAAUUAUUGAA